AUGCCGUUCAAAAAUAAAAUCAAUCGUGUUCUGAACCGCCUGCAUUCAAAAUCGGACAAUAAUUCCGAAGAAAUAUAUUAUUACGGUCACGAUAUAAAAGAGUUGAACCAGCUAAAAAAUAUGUACAAAAAAUGCAGAAUAUGUAGAAGUUGCUUGAAGUGGCCGUUUACGAAAAYCGUAAAAUGUCAAAAUUGUUUUUUGACCUGUCACGAGACUUGUAUAAAAUCGAUAAUGUGUCCGUUAGGAGAAAAAUCUGACGAUCGACCCAUGAACAUAUUCGAAUCUGAAGUUUAUACUGGACAACCUUGGAGGAUGGAGGACCAUCAUUGCGGUUCAUACAAUAAUAUAAUAUUAUUAUAAUAGUCCUCAAGAUCUAUAGCAGCCGUCCGGAA